CCUAACCCACCUACUCACUCAUCAAUUACGGUGUUCAGCUGACUUGCACAGAAAGACCCCUAUUGUUUAGUAAUUUGGCGCCCCAUCUUUUGAUUGACUGUUGUCAACUAAUCUUUUCAAUGUUCAAUUCUACUCUAUGUUAGAACAUUUCUGUGAAUGCUAUUUCGAUCUAAGUGGUCCUAUUCUCUGUCCCGUGCUAGGAAGCAUUACUCCUCUUUUCAUUCCAAAUUCUUCAAUAAGACCGAUACGAUUGAUUGGUCUGUGCGUUUCUCUUAUUACUUUUUUGUAUCCCCCUGUUCCUCGGAUACAAUUCGAUCCUUCUACGGCCAAAUCUCAAUUUGUGGAAAGCCUUCGAUGGCUUCCUUAUGAAAACAUCCAUUUGUAUAUGGGUAUAGACGGUCUUUCAUUAUUCUUCGUGAUAUUGACCACAUUUCUGAUCCCUAUUUGCAUUUCAGUGGGUUGGUCUGGUAUGAGAAGUUUUGGGAAAGAGUAUAUUACAGCAUUUCUAAUUCGUGAAUUUCUAAUGAUCGCCGUGUCCUGCAUGCUGGAUCCUCUACUAUUCUAUGUUCUUUCCGAAAGCGUGCCAAUCCCUAUGUUCAUCAUUAUAGGGGUAUGGGGUUCGAGACAAAGAAAGAUCAAGGCAGAAUAUCAGUUUUUCCUAUAUACUUUACUUGGAUCCGUUUUUAUGCUAUUAGCUAUUCUGUUGAUUCUUCUCCAAACAAGAACCACCGAUUUACAAAUUUUAUUAACCACUGAAUUUAGUGAGCGGCGCCAAAUCCUUCUAUGGAUUGCUUUUUUCGCCUCUUUUGCCGUCAAAGUGCCUAUGGUACCAGUUCAUAUUUGGUUACCCGAAGCCCAUGUAGAGGCACCUACGGCUGGAUCCGUCAUCUUGGCUGGAAUUCUUUUAAAAUUGGGAACCUACGGGUUUUUAAGAUUUUCAAUACCCAUGUUUCCCGAAGCGACACUUUGUUUCACUCCUUUCAUUUAUACUCUAAGCGCGAUUGCUAUAAUAUAUACUUCCUUGACCACUUUAAGACAGAUCGAUCUUAAGAAGAUCAUUGCCUACUCCUCAGUAGCCCAUAUGAAUUUGGUGACUAUUGGUAUGUUUAGUCCGAACAUACAGGGAAUUGGAGGUAGCAUUUUACUUAUGUUAAGUCAUGGACUGGUUUCUUCAGCCCUUUUUCUAUGUGUUGGUGUUCUAUAUGACCGACAUAAGACUCGACUUGUUAGAUAUUAUGGAGGUUUAGUGAGCACCAUGCCGAAUUUCUCUACCAUUUUCUUCUUUUUCACUUUAGCCAAUAUGAGUUUACCCGACACUAGCAGCUUUAUCGAAUUUCUAAUCUUAGUAGGAGCUUUCCAAAGAAAUAGCUUAGUAGCCACAUUAGCUGCGCUUGGGAUGAUUUUAGGCGUGGCGUAUUCCCUUUGGCUAUAUAAUCGUGUGGUUUCUGGAAAUUUAAAAUCUGAUUUCCUCUAUAAAUUCUCUGAUCUAAAUGGCAGAGAAGUUUCCAUAUUUCUACCUUUUCUUGUUGGAGUUGUUCGGAUGGGUGUUCACCCCAAAGUGUUCCCGGACUGCAUGCAUACAUCCGUAAGUAACUUAGUGCAACAUGGCAAAUUUCAUUGAGAGGAAUCAGCAAAGAAAAGAAAUCUUCUCCGGGUGAUCAAGUUCCUUUUUCGGUCUGGGCCACGUCUUUGCUUUCUUCAGAGGCCCAUUUUCCUGGGCAUCAGUGAGUGGAAUACUUAACAGUGAUUACAUUCUUAUGUAGAUUCCAUUGCUCGAAUGGGACUU